AUGACCAGCCUUCAGCGAUUUUUCAGUUUUUGCCGUCUUUAUCCUCUCCUUCAUAUUCUCCACCAUCUUUAUUCCUUGUCUCUCAUUUUUCUCUUCUUUCUGCAAUUCACCCCUCUUUUUAUUCACUUAUUUUUCUUCUUCUUUCUAUAUCUUUUUCUUGUCACUUUCAAAACCUUUUUUUACAUCUCUGCUCUCUAUCUCAUCUUUCUUAUCUUCUCUUUUUUUUUCUUUCCUAACCCAUUCAUUCUUUUUCUCUUUCUUUUAGCUGUUUUUCUAUCCUAUACUUAUUUAUCUUUCAGGUUUUCUACUUUCGUUUUUUUUUACUUCUUUUCUCUCUUUUUUUUUCAAUUGAAUGAAAAAGAAUGGCAUUACCAUGUUCCUCCAUGUCUGAGUUCAUCUACUGCUUCCUCAUGUUUCUAUCAUUCUCUUAACUUCCCUUUUCUUCUUUCUUUUCAAAUUCUAUCCCAUUUUCACUUUGUGUUUUUGUUCCUUUCUUCUACACCUUCUACCAACAUUAUGUCCUUCCCAAAUUCCUAA